GUCUGUGUUACGGCUCAGCAAUGUCUUCAGUUCAGUAUUUGAGAGACUUCAUCAGGGAUAGAUUGACUGGCGUUGCUGAAGAAAUCUUCUCAGAGGUUAAAAAAACGAUCGUCCGGUAUGAGGAGGAAAUCAACCAUCAGCUCAGGCUGCUGGAUAUCAGCCGGAAACCUGAGAUAAAGUUACACAUAAUCGAUCUUCCACACGAAGAUGAAUGUAAGGAAGAAGAGGAUCUGGAUAACCAGCGGGUCUGUAACCAGGAGAGUCACUCCAAUCUGGACCAGCAGGACCCAGAUUCUCAGCAGACUAAAGAGGAAGAGGAGGAAAUUUGCACCAGUCUGGAGGGAGAACAGCUUGUACUGAAGCACGAAGGCAAAGGCAUCCUCGUCUGGACCAGGGAAGACCAGGACAGAUUAAGUGACACCAACUGGAAACCUGAAAUAAACUUACACAGAAUAGACCUCCAACAUCAGCAUGUCUCUAAGGAGGAGGAAGAGGAUCUCACAGACCAGCAGAUCUGUAAGCAGGAUAAGAACUCCAGUCUGGACCAGGAUGACUCAGAGUCUCCACAGAUUAAAGAGGAAAAGGAGGAACUCUGUACCAGUCAGGAAAGAGAGCAGCUUGGACUGAAGCAGGAGUCUGAUAAUUUCGUGGUGACCCACGAGGAAAGUGAUCACAGUGAACCAGGAGCACACAGUGACCGGAAACUGUCUUGCAACUCUCCUGGACCAGAGAUUCAGUGUAACACUGACACAAGUAAAAAGUCUGUAAAGUGUGACACUUGUGGAAAAACGUCUGUAAAAUGUGACACUUGUGGAAAAGCUUUUCACGAUAAAUCCAGACUAACUAAACAUUUGAAAAUUCAUACAGGUGAGAAGCCACAUUCUUGUAGCACCUGUGGAAAAAGAUUCAGUCAAAUUAUAAACUUGAAAACUCACAUGAGAAUUCACACGGGCGAGAAGCCAUAUUCUUGUAACACCUGUGGUAACUCAUUCAGUCAGAAAUCAACUUUGGCACAUCAUAUCAGAAUCCACACAGGUGAGAAGCCACAUUCUUGUAGCACGUGUGGGAAAACAUUUACCUGGAAAUCAGAACUGAAACGUCAUAUGAGAAUUCACACAGGUGAGAAGCCGUAUUCUUGUAGCACCUGUGGGAAAACAUUCAGUCGAAAAUCAACAUUAAAAACCCACGUGAGAGUUCACACAGGUGAGAGGCCCUAUUCUUGUAACACCUGUGGGAAAGAAUUUACGGUUUCAUCAACAUUGAAAACUCAUAUAAGAAUUCACACAGGGGAAAAGAUACACUCUUGUAGCAUAUGUGGGAAAAGAUUCAUUCAGAUUAUCCAUUUGAAAAGACAUGUAAGAAUUCACACAGGUGAGAAGCCUUUUUCUUGUAGCACCUGUGGGAAAGGUUUUGCUCAGAAAUCAGGACUGGAAACUCACAUGAAAAUUCACACAGGUGAGAAGCCACAUUUUUGCAGUAUCUGUGGAAAAGGAUUCAGUCAGAUGAUAAACCUGAAAACUCAUAUGAGAGUCCACACAGGUGAAAAGCCAUAUUGUUGUAGCACAUGUGGAAAAAACUUUAGUGUCUUGUCAGCCUUCAAAACCCACAUUAGAAUUCACACAGGUGAGAAGCCAUAUUGUUGUAAGACUUGUGGGAAGCGAUUCACUCAGAAAUCUGGACUGGAACCUCAUAUGAAAAUUCACACUGGUGAGAAGCCACAUUCUUGCAUUACCUGUGGGAAAAGCUUCAGUCAAAUGAAGUCCUUGAAAACUCACAUGAGAAUUCAUACAGGUGAGAAGCCACAUUCUUGCAUUACCUGUGGAAAAAGUUUCAGUCAUAUGAUGAACUUGAAAACCCACAUUAGAAUUCAUACAGGUGAGAAGCCAUAUUCUUGUAGCACCUGUGGGAAAAGAUUUAGCGAUUCAUCAGGAUUCAAAAAACAUAAAAGGAUUCAUACAGGUGAGAAGCCCCACCCUUGUAACACCUGUGGAAAGAGAUUCAGUGACAUGACGAAUUUGAAAACUCACAUGAGAAUUCACACGUCUGAGAAGCCAUAUUCCUGUAGCAAUUGCGGGAAAGGUUUUGUUCAGAUGAUACAGUUGAAAAGGCACAUGAGAAUUCAUACUAGUUAAGUUUUAAAAUGUGGAAUGUACUUUAUUAUGGAAAAACAAGAAUGGAUAAAUAAUUUAUUGACACUUGUAUUCUAUAGCCAAGAUUACAUCACUCUAUCCAAAAGCUGGAAAGUGACACAAGUCAUUAUGGAUUUGAAGUCAUUUUCUGACCAGGUUGUGGCAUUGAUUUUCAUGACAGACAAACUUCAGUAUGUGC